UAUCAUAUAUUAUAAAUAGGUAUCUAUUCCCUUCACAAUUCUCACAUCACUCCAUAAACUCAUCACUUCUUUAAUUCAUAUUAAGCUUUUAGAUCAUGACUGAGGAGAAGCACCACCACCACCUCUUCCACCACAAGAAGGAUGAGGAUAACACUUUUGAAGAGGUAGUUGACUAUAAGAAGGAGGAGAAACAACACAAGCACCAUGAGCACCUUGGCGAGCUUGGUGCUGCUGCUGGUGGUGCCUAUGCCUUGCAUGAGAAGCAUAAGGCUGAGAAAGAUCCGGAGCAUGCUCACAAGCAUAAGAUAGAAGAGGAGGUUGCCGCGGUCGCUGCCGUCGGAGCUGGUGGUUAUGCUUUUCAUGAACACCAUGAGAAAAAAGAAGCAAAGAAGGAAGACGAAGAAGCUCAUGGAAAGAAGCACCACCAUUUGUUUUAAAAUGUUAAAGAAUAUCUUUAUCGUUAAUAAAAGAGUUAUAUGAUAAUUACAACAAUAACCAAACUCCUAAGCAUUAUUAUCAUCACCACACCCUAGCCUUCUAUUUUAGUUUCUUAUAUAUUGAUAAGCUUUUGGUAUAUUUAUGUGUAUUUCUAUAUAUCUUCCAAUUAUUCACUAUGCACUAUCGGCUAGGGGUUCUCAAUCAUUGAGUUUGGAGUGUGUUUAAUUCUUUGGUGUUAAUUAAUUGCUUGAUAUAUAUUUGUAUAUGUAAUAAUUUAAUGUAAUAAUGUGUGCUAUGUUGAAUAUAUUCAUAAAAUAAUAAUAUUGUAAAGUAUAGUUUGAGUC